AUCUCUGCUGUCACAUUCCAGAUUUAGUCCCAAAUUGAGUUGCUGUUAUAGGAGUAGGUGGAUUUAGUUUCUACCAUACUAACUCUACUGCACAUUGUGUGUCAGACUAACAUUGGAAAGUUCAUGCGGUUUUACUCCGCAAACCAGAAUACACUAGAGAAGUUCAUCAAUAAUGAGUUAUUCUUGUUGUGAGGUAGGAGGAAGUUUGAUUCCAAAUCACUGUUGCGUGAUGUUGGAUCAAUUUUUGACCUUCUUAACAAAAAAAAAAAAAAAAUUGGAAACCGAAUCACUGGAGCACAAUUAAUAAGCAUUUUCUUUGUAUCUUUUUUGAAAUCUAAGGUGUUCUUCAAGUUUUUGGUAAGUGAAUUAAUGCAAGAUCAUUUAGAUCAUUUUUUUUAUCUGUAAUUUUUGAUUACCUUAGUGGUGUAUUGCAAUUCCCAUAAGUUGUCAUAUAGCGAAGUUUUCUAAAUUAAAUAGGAAAGUAAAUGAAAACUUGAUUUUGAUUUUUAUCUUCUCUGCUGCAACAUUUUCCUUUCUUUUGUGCUUAUAAAAGGUUAGUGAAUAUAUUUUGAUAAGUUCAAAAAUGAUGAGUCACCCCACAUAUUUUGUUCCGGUGGUAUGUUCUCUUCGUACUUUUUUUGCUAUGCGUACCAUUUUCAUUUGUUUACCAUAUUAUUAUUGUUGUUGUUGUUGUUGUUAUUUCUUCCUUUUAUUUAUUUAUUUAUUUUAUUAUCAUAAUAAAAGGAUUUCCUUUGUUUCCUCACAAGUGGGACACGAACUCGUUCUACGUCGAUGGAUGUCUUCAAAGAAAGCAAAUUAUAUAUUCUAUGUUUUCUCAUAAUUUAAAUGUGAUGGAAAUAUUUUUUUUCUCUAAAAAAAUAUCAUUUCUUAAAAAGUAUAUUUUAGAAAAAAAAAUAAUUUAAAUUGUCUAUUCUGUCUCAGUGUAUUGUGUUCCUCUAUAAAUAUGCACGAUCGAAAUCUCGGUCUGCUGCUGCAACAGUCCUACGCUUCAACUGCCACAACCCGAAAAAAUGAGGCCUUCAUCUUCCUUCCUCGGCCCUCUACUUAUCUCUUUAAUCCUCCAUGCAACCUUGCACGACCUCGCCGCCGCCUCUCCCCUCUUCACGGACGGCCGGUGGAUCGUGGACGCCUCCGGCACGCGCGUCAAGCUCGCCUGCGUGAACUGGCCGUCGCACUUGGAGCUGAUGCUGGCGGAGGGCUUGUCCAAGCAACCACUGGCGAGCAUCACGUGGAAUAUCCACCUCAUGGGCUUCAACUGCGUCCGGCUCACCUACCCCACCUUCCUGCUCACCGACGAGUCACUGGCCUCCCUCACCGUCCGGCAGUCCUUCGAGAGAGCCGGCCUCGACGCCACCAUCCCCCUCAUCGCCCUCCACAACCCCACUUUCGUGGACCUCAACCUCCUCCAAGCCUACAAGGCUGUGGUUGCCAAGCUUGGAGCGAACAAUAUAAUGGUGAUACUGGACAACCACAUCAGCAAGCCAGGGUGGUGCUGCAGCAACUCCGAUGGCAAUGGCUUCUUCGGAGACACUUAUUUCGAUCCUAAUGUGUGGUAUCAAGGCCUAAUAAAAAUGGCGACGAUGUUCAAAGGAACCCCCAACGUGGUCGGCAUGAGCCUGCGGAACGAGCUCAGAGGUCGACGACAGAACGUGGACGACUGGUUCACGUACAUGCAGAAGGGCGCGGAGGCCGUGCACGGCGCCAACCAAGACGUGCUCGUCGUGCUAUCCGGCCUCAGCUUCGACAACGACCUGAGCUUCCUGGCGAACAGGCAGGUCGAUGUGAGCUUCCAGCGGAAGCUCGUCUUCGAGCUGCACUGGUACGCCUUCAGCAACGGCGACGCGUGGGUCAAGGGCAACCCCAACAACGUCUGCGGAAGCAUCUCCGGGAGCGUGAACACCAGGGCGGGGUUUCUGCUGGACCGGCAGCUGCCGCUCUUCGUCAGCGAGUAUGGAGUGGACCAACAAGGCGGCAACCUGAACGACAACCGCUACUUCGGUUGCAUCCUGGCGUUUUUAGCAGACAAGGACGUGGACUGGGCGCUGUGGACCUUGCAAGGGAGUUACUACCUCCGAGAAGGCGUCGUCGACAAGGGGGAGUCCUAUGGAAUGCUAACAUAUGACUGGGCCGGCGUCAGAAACCAGACUGUGCUACAGAAAGUUCGAGCGGUGCAACAGCCAUUUCAAGGUCCUGGCGUCUCCAAAACUCCUCCCUAUAUCAUCAUCCUCCACCCAUCCACCGGGCUCUGCGUCAGACAGGGCUCCUUGACAUUCCACACGCUCGAUUUUGGUCCCUGCGACGGCAACAUGCAAGCAUUCCACUACACCCAGCAGCGGACCUUGACAUCCGUAGAUUCAUCGCUGUGCGUGACCGCCACCGGAUCAGGGAAGCCUGUAAAGUUCGACAGCUGCAGCGACUCGGGCUCCUCCUGGGAUCUGGUCUCGGACUCGGGGAUGCAUGUGUCGACCACGUUGCCCGGUGACGGCAGCACCCUGUGCUUGGACGUCGGCCAGAACGUCGUCGUCACAAAUCCAUGCAAGUGCCUCCGCGACGACGCCAACUGCGAUCCUGGGAGCCAGUGGUUUAAGCUCGUCACCAGCGCCAAGGCUAUUCCCUGAUCUCUCUCUCUCUCUCUCUCUCUCUCUCUCUCUCUCUCUCUCUCUCUGUAGAGCUCGUCACCAGCGCCAAGGCUAUUCCCUGAUCUCUCUCUCUCUCUCUCUCUCUCUCUCUCUCUCUCUCAAUAAUUGGCAAGGGAACAAUAAUUGGCAUGUAGUCGAGGAAAACAGAGCAUGUCGAUGCUCAUU